AUGGCCAGAUCUCACACUAUAUCUACAACAUGGCCAGAUCUCACACUAUAUCCACAACAUGGCCACAUCCCACACUAUAUCCACAACAUGGCCACAUCUCACACUAUAUCCACAACAUGGCCACAUCUCACACUAUAUCCACAACAUGGCCACAUCUCACACUAUAUCCACAACAUGGCCACAUCUCACACUAUAUCCACAACAUGGCCACAUCCCACACUAUAUCCACAACAUGGCCACAUCUCACACUAUAUCCACAACAUGGCCACAUCCCACACUAUAUCCACAACAUGGCCACAUUCCACGCUAUACCCACAACAUGGCCACAUCUCACACUAUACCCACAACAUGGCCAGAUCUCACACUAUAUCCACAACAUGGCCAGAUCUCACACUAUAUCCACAACAUGGCCACAUCUCACACUAUAUCCACAACAUGGCCACAUCUCACACUAUAUCCACAACAUGGCCACAUCCCACACUAUAUCCACAACAUGGCCACAUCUCACACUAUAUCCACAACAUGGCCACAUCUCACCCUAUAUCCACAACAUGGCCACAUCUCACACUAUAUCCACAACAUGGCCACAUCUCACACUAUAUCCACAACAUGGCCACAUCUCACACUAUAUCCACAACAUGGCCACAUCCCACACUAUAUCCACAACAUGGCCACAUCUCACACUAUAUCCACAACAUGGCCACAUCCCACACUAUAUCCACAACAUGGCCAGAUCUCACACUAUACCCACAACAUGGCCACAUCCCACGCUAUACCCACAACAUGGCCAUAUCUCACACUAUAUCCACAACAUUGCCACAUUCCACACUAUAUCCACAACAUGGCCACAUCCCACGCUAUACCCACAACAUGGCCAUAUCUCACACUAUACCCACAACAUGGCCAGAUCUCACCCUAUAUCCACAACAUGGCCACAUCUCACACUAUAUCCACAACAUGGCCACAUCCCACACUAUAUCCACAACAUGGCCACAUCCCACACUAUACCCACAACAUGGCCAGAUCUCACACUAUACCCACAACAUGGCCAGAUCUCACCCUAUAUCCACAACAUUGCCACAUCUCACACUAUAUCCACAAUAUGGCCACAUCCCACGCUAUACCCACAACAUGGCCUCAUCCCACACUUAUAGCUAUAUCAUACAUGAUUAUCCUGAUAAUACAGCCACUUCCUACCUGAUAAUACAGCUACAUCUAACCUGA